AUGUCAUCCACCUUGGACUAUUCGGCUGGCGUCAACCCUCUGGCGUGCGACUACGACUGGCUAGCAGAUCUUACCCUCCCUGAGUUCCAGUGUGGGUUUCCAGAGGGCAGUGACGACUCAAGCUGGAUGGAUACUCAUCCGUGUGACUCGCCUCUCAGUCCCUCCACCACUGCUAGCGAAGUCAGCUCUUUGGACACCGCCUUAUUGAUUCAACAGCUUCUGGCUGCUAGCUCCUCGGCUGAUAUAGCGGCUGCUCACAUGAGCCAGUGUGAGGACGUUGAAACUGGCGCUACAGACGGCAUUUCCGUAAGAAAGGUUUUAGAUGUGUUGAUCGCUCGCAAGGGUUUGUGA